AUGCGACCUGUAAAAUGCCUUUUUACGGUGUUCGAGUCGGUCGUGGCAUCGGCGUCUUCUCGAGUUGUAAUUGGGUCUGAGUGCAAAGACCUUGUAAAGGGCUACUCUGGAGCUUGCUUUAAGAAAUUUACUUCCUACGAUGAAGCUAUAAAGUUUAUUGAAGGUGAACAUGAGGUCGGAACCGUACUCUCGAAAAAGCGAAGGAUUGGAAGCAUGAAUGACGACCUGGAUGGUCGAGAUCGAUUACCGACCAAGCUAUCUCCUGAAGAGCAUUACAUCAGUAGCACCCAUGUUCCAAGCACUCUGACAUUUUAUCAUGAUGCAUCAUGCCCGCGACGUGUGAUGGUCUAUACUGAUGGUUCAUGUAACGGUGCCCACGAUGAUCGUCGUGCUGGUUAUGGUGUUUACUGGGGGCCCAAUCAUCCAUGGAAUGUCUCUGAGCGGUUGGAAGGAGAGCAAACAAAUAAUAGAGCAGAAAUUGAGGCGGUGAUAUGUGCAAUUAAACAGGCACACAUUGGUGGUAUUACUCAUUUGGGAAUAGUUACUGAUAGUAAAUUCGCUCAAAACUGUGCAACAGAAUGGGGUCAACGAUGGGCGCGAAAUGCUUGGAAAUUAGCCAAUGGUGAAGAUGCUAAAUUAAAAGAACCAGUUAAACGAUUACUUGGAGUUAUCGCUGAAUCAGGAAUUGAAAUAAUUUGGAUGUCACAAAUGUUGACAAUCGAUAUAAAGCCAACCAAAUCGUUUCCUGGCCAGAAACCAGGUACAAGUGGUUUACGUAAACCAACAAAAACAUUUAUGCAACGUGGGUACACUGAGAACUUCAUACAAUCUAUUUUAAAUGCAGCUGUUGGUGAAUUGUUGAACAAAUCUCAACCAGUUCGACUUCUUUUAGGCGGAGACGGUCGGUAUUUUGUACGAGAAUCAUUACAAAGUAUCAUUAUCCCAAUAUGUUUAGCUAAUGGGGUAUCUGAAUUGUUUGUUGGUCAAAAUGGAAUCCUGUCAACUCCAGCUGCAUCAUUCAUAAUUCGUAAGCAUCAAUUGAAUGGUGGUAUUCUUCUAACAGCUAGUCAUAAUCCUGGUGGACUAAAUGCAGACUUUGGUAUUAAAUACAAUUGUGGGAAUGGUGGACCAGCACCGGAGAAAUUAACAGAUGCUAUUUUUGCACAAAGUGAAAAGUUGACUUCUUAUAAAACUGUUAAAGAACCAUUAAAUAUUCAGUUGGAAUGUAUUGGUUCAACGAAAUAUACUUUAUCCAAUGGCCAAACUCCCAUAGUAACGAUCAUAAGCAGUGUUUCUGAUUAUGCCGAUUACAUGCACACAUUGUUCGAUUUUGAUGCUAUUAAAACACUAUUGACUGGUUCACAUCAGCGUGAACCAUUUAAAUUGCUUGUCAGUGGUCUUAACGGAGUCAUGGGGCCUUACAUUCAUGAGAUAUUAUGCAAUCAACUUGGAUUAAAUUCAGAGUUAGCUAUUAAAUCUCAACCAUUAGAAGAUUUUGGCGGUGGUCAUCCUGAUCCAAAUUUGACUUAUGCGGCAGAUCUUGUCCAAAUGAUAGUGGCUGACUCAUCAAUUGCAAUGGCAGCCGCUUUUGAUGGUGAUGGUGAUCGAAAUAUGUUGAUUGGUCGACACGGCUUUUUUGUAUCACCAUGUGAUUCGUUAGCUGUGAUUGCAGAUAAUACAGAUUGUAUUAAAUAUUUUCAAGAGAAUGGUGUUCAUGGAUUUGCACGAAGUAUGCCUACCAGUAGAGCACUUGAUCUUGUAUGUAAAAGUCGAUCAAUGCAGUGUUACGAAGUUCCAACAGGAUGGAAAUUUUUCGGUAAUUUAAUGGAUGCUAAAUUAUGCUCUUUAUGCGGUGAAGAAAGUUUUGGCACUGGUUCUGAUCAUAUACGUGAAAAAGAUGGUUUAUGGGCAUUACUUGCAUGGUUGUCUAUUUUGGCUAAACGUAGUCAAAUUGGUUUGCCAGUAGAUGUCGAGUCAAUUGUAAUGGAACAUUGGAAGAAAUACGGAAGAUAUUUUUUCACUAGAUACGAUUAUGAAAAUUGUGAAUCAAGUCAAGGUGAUGAAAUUAUGAAUGAAUUAAAGAAAUUAAUUGACAAUAAUAGAAUAUCAGGUCAUGUGUACACCACUGUCAGUGGACGACAGUUCGUUUGUGAUUUUUGUGAUAAUUUUUCAUAUGUGGAUCCAGUUGAUGGAAGUCACACUGCAAACCAAGGUUUUCGCUUAAUUUUUAAUGAUGGAACACGAUUUGUGUAUCGUUUAAGUGGUACAGGCAGUAGUGGUGCUACACUUCGAGUGUAUGUUGACACUUAUGAAUCAGAUCCGGCUAAACAUACAAUUGCUUCACAGGAAUAUCUGAAACCGCAUAUUGAAUUAGCAUUGGAAUUAUGCGGUGUAACUAAAAUCACUGGUCGAGUAGCUCCAAAUUUACCCAUUAAUUCGCCCAGUCGUCGUAAGUCAUCCAAAUCUAGUGAGGUUUGUCUUGAUUCAGAACAUCGUACAGUACAUUUUAAUCAAAUGGUUAAUGAAGACCAUUUAUCUAGUAGUAAUUUAUCAACCACAAUUUCUUCAAAUCCUCAUCCAUUGCAUGUUGCAAGAAAAGUUAGCUUUUCUGAUUUACCUUUAGUCAUUAACGUCGAAGAGCGUCAACUAGACGGCUUACAUCAAUCCUGUAUCACUACUGAGGACAAAGUUACCUACGGUGAAGAUGAUGAUUCCGGUCAUCAUAUUGAAGUCCGCCUACUGAAUCGAGAUAUCGAUGAAAUGCCGACCUUGCCAUCAGAAUUGAAAAAUAAACCUGUAUUUGAAAUAAAACUUGGAAUGCUUAAACAAGCGACAGUUUAUCGGACAGAAUUUACAAUACCGGAUAAUUUGAAGUCAGGUGAAUUGGAAAUUAUACGAACUGUUACAGAAAUGGAUGGUCAUGUCGGUUUACCAGUUAAUGUCGGUGCUUCAUUUAAUUUACUAAGCUGUGAACCUAUCCCUUCACCUGGUCACGGUCAUAUAAUAAUUAUGGAGAUUUCAACUACAAAACAAUCACGUGUCAAUGAGUUAAUCACAUUACGUCGAGUCGAAAAUAUAACAGAUGCUGUUUGUCUACUUUUGCAUGGUAUUUCUUUAGCCAUCAUGCAACCUGAUGUUAUGGUGAAUUGACCAUUGUCAGAAUAGCUCUAUGAGGAAUACCUUGUUUUUUUGUCUUUGGCAAACCAAUAAUGUGCGUCAAACAAAAUCCACAAGGUUCUAUUUUAAUGUAAAUGGAAUCAUCGACCAUUCUCAGGAGAUCUCUGAGUACAUUCGUGUUUCUUUUCUCAACUGAAUCAGUUAUGUCCUUGUUAAUUUUAUAUACAUUGAAAGAUUCAUUUGAAUUUACUAACAGUAUGAACCAUGUAAAUAUUUCUGGUAAUUUUAUGAUUUCCUUUGAUGUAACAUCGAUUUGAGGCUGAUUUAAAUCACCAAUAGUUCAUACUCUAUCUUGCUUACAGUUUAGUUUUUUAAUGUCUGUGCAUCUUUUCUUUGUAAUAAACGAAAACACGUUCUUUGCUUUUGAAAUAUAUAAUACAAGCUAAAGGACAAGGUACUCCACUUCUACGUUCUGGUAUACAUCGAAUUACUGAGAAUCAAGAUUAUAUUGAUUCGGAUGAUUAUACUGAAUGGCCUGGUUAUGUGAAUACAGAGGAUGAUGAUGACCAGGAGGAAGAAAGUUGUGGUGUGGAGAAGGCGAAAACUACUCUUGUGGCAACUGAGAAUAUCGAUGCUAAUCAAGGUGAUGAUAAUGACGAUGAAUCACCGUAGAAUUUAUUAUUAUUAUUAUUAUUAUUAUUAUUAUUUUUAUUAUUAUUAU